CAUGCAUAUUGAAAAUCCAUUUUACUCUUCAAUUUAGACUCCCUAUACCCAAACUAAUAUGGCACCCAUGGCUAAUAUGUAAAGAAAAGAAAUUGGUGAUUAAGCGAUUUGGACAUUAUCAUCUGCAAAAACAGGAAAUGGAGUAGAUCAAUUAAGAGACGAUAAUUUGAAUACGUUUUGGUAAUCAGAUGGAACAUAACCACAUUACAUAACAAUAUAAUUUUUAAAGAAAAUGAGAGUUCAAGAAGUGGCAUUAUAUUUAGAUUUCAAAUAAGACGAAAGUUAUACUCCUAACAAACUUUCGAUAAGAACAGGAACAAAUAUUCAAGAUAUGAAAGUACAUUUAAUAAUUAAAAAUUAGGAAGUUUAAUUUAUUGAAUUGAAAGAGCCAUAUGGAUGGUAUGUAUUUGCACUUAAGACUAAAUUGUUAAAUUCUUAAGAAAAGUAAAAGCAUUUAUUAAAUUAGACCUUAUGUUUCUACAAUUAAUAUCUAAAUAGUAGUUUUAUAAAAUUAACAUAGUGGAAAAGACACUCAUAUUAGAUAAGUGAAAAUAUUUGGACCAAGAGAGUAUUGAAAAUAAAUUAUUUUAGGAAACAAAAUCAAGGUUUGAGUUUUCCUGAUUUUAAAACACCUGAAAUUACUUAAUAUGCUUCAAUACGUUGA